AUGACCAAAAAUUUGUCCUUAACUACAAAAACUAGAGUAUCUUUAAGAAACCGUUCUAGAAACCGAGCUUAUAAGUCAGUUAUUAAAACUUUAACUAAAAGCUAUCUUAAUAAUGUAAAUAAUGCCAAUUUUCAAGAAAAUUUAUCGAACUUAUCUUGUAUUUACAGUAAAAUAGAUAAAGCAGUUAAAAAAGGAGUUCUGCAUAAAAAUUGUGGUGCUCGUAAGAAGUCUUUUUUAGCACGUGCAAUGAAAAGUCACUGA